ACGACGUGAUUGAAAAGCAAAAAAGAGCUGGCAGGCAAUAAUACAUUGUUUGCAGUGUCAUAGUUAAUACCGAUUUAAUAAAGCCAAUAAUCUCGUUUACUCUUUUCACCUAGCAUUUCAUCAUGUUUGGAAGCAGUGGCAGUCGAGUCCUGAAUGUCAUAAACAUUUCGUAUUUACAGAGUAGAAGCAAGCGAGUAUGGGUGCGGAAACCACUCGGAUCACCUAUGGCCAAGUCUAAAAUCUUCCGGAUUACACCAAAACCAGUUUUGCCUGAAGAUGAAAAGGCUGAAAUCAAACGCCUAUUCGAUAAUUACAAAAACAGUAUGAAAUCUAUUAGACAGUAUUUUUUUGAACAAUCUCUCAAACAAGCAGAGAGUGGUGAAGUAGCUCAAAUGAAGCAUAGAUUAGACGACCAAGAGCAUGAACGACUAAUGGAAGAAAAUCGCCUAGAGAAUGAAAAAACAGCCAUGCUGAGACAAGAAAGGUUGAAAAUCCAGGCAGAAAAAGCACAGCAAAAUGUUUUAGCCUCUUUGAUCAAAAAGGAGAGAGAGUCCAAACUACAUGAAAUCCAGAUCGAAGACUUCCUUAUGAAACAAAUGUCCACACCAUUCAUCCAACCUGAAAAUAUUGAGAAGGCCAUAGAAGACGCACUUGCCAAUCCUGUCAACUUUAACUUUGCUUUAGACCUAGAUGGAUACAUUUAUCGAGGUAAAGAUACUUCCAUCGACACGAUCCCAGAAGAGAAGCGAGAGAGACUGAAUAGCAAUUGAGUGUAUUGAAAAGUGAUUUGCAUACAACAACUAGCAUUGUAUCCUAA